GCAGCUUUUGCGUGUACACUUCUCGCCUCGAUCGCCGCUGUCGUAGGCGAACGCAAACAACAGUAAGAACGGAGGGGGGCCUAAUCUCUCUCUACAUAUUCGCGCUUAUGCGUCUGCACAUCACAACCUAACGCUGCGUGUGUUUCUUCCUGCGGGCACCUCCUGCUUUCACGCUCCACGCCUUGCCGAAAAGGCCGUGUGACGAUGUCCAACGGGACCUUCGGUCAAUCAGGCAGCAACGUCGGCGGCAUGGGGCCCCCUGCGGGUCCGCCGCAGCCCUACCCACCUCCACAAGGCACGGCCUACCGAGGAACGUCUACUUCCUACGCCUCCAUCGGCCCCCGCAGAGGCGCGGAGGGCCGUGGCCGCGGCCAGGGUCAGCGCUACGGCGACGGCGCUCCCAACAGUCGCGGGGGCUUCGCUUCCGCCCAUCGUGGCUACCAUUACGGCAGCGGGCCUUCUCUCGUGGAGGACGGCCCGCGCACGAAGCCCUCUUCAUACGUGACGCCGUACGACGCGGUGCAGGCGCAGCCCGCCCAGCACGGUGCCUCCGUCGUCCGCUCGGGCAGCGCCGCGACCGAGGGCGGCAGCAUUUUGUUCUUCAGCAGCGUGCAAAAGAAAGGCGGCGCCUUCACGGCGUCGGAGCGCGAGACGUACGCGCAGCUGCGGCAGAGUCGCGCCAUUCCGAGCAGCAACCAACGCGGCGGCGGUGGUCGAGGCGGCAACGUGGUGGGAAGCGGCAUCAUGACCCGCAACGUCGCUCGGCAGUUUGAGGAGCUGGAGAGGCGUCGUGAGGCGACGGAGUUGGGCGUCGUUCGGAGGGCCGUGACGGCCUCCAAGCGCUCACGGUUUGCACUGGGGAGUGAGAGCGAUGAGGACGAAGAUGAUGAAGAGGAGGAGGACGGAGAGGAGGGGAAGGACAGCGAAGAGGAAGAUGGAAAAGUGAAGGUGGAGGGAGGUGUUGCGGGGGAGGGGACGGCGAAGAAGGCUCGAGGGGAGGUGCAAGGCUCGUCAAAGCUGGGCGAGUCUUCCUCCACUUGA